GUUGUUGACAAAUGUUGGAAAGAAAUUGCUGAAGAAAUGAAAGAGGAUGAAAAUAAACUGAGGAAAAAAUGGAAGUAUAUCAGGGAUCAAUUUUCCGUAGAAUUAGGAAAAUUUCCUCCUCCACGUUCAGGUGAUGCCGCAAAUGAUACUCCGACAUCCAAGUGGCCAUACUUCAAACUGCUCUUAUUUUUGAAAGAUACGGUAAUGCCUAGAAAGUUGAAAGGAAAUUUGCCACAAGUAAGUGGUCGUACUGAAAGCUUUGCAGAAAGUCAAACUGAAGCAGAAGAGUCGAUUCAGUCAUCGAUGGAAUUAGACGAGACCAGCUUUUGUUCCACUGAAGAUGUUGUACCUCCUCAACGAAAUGCUGGCGAUGAUAUCGUAGAAAAUACAAGGCAAGAAAAUAUUGAAACACCUUCGAGAACAAAAAGGAAUACUGAUGUAUCUUCGACACCACAAUUUUCAUCUAAAAAGAAACGAGGCCCAACAGAAAUAUUUAACGACUCAUUAUUAGAAAUUGAGAAACAAAAAGUAGCAUACCUAGAGUCAAAAUCUAAGCGAGCAAAUGAGAAAGAAGAUGAACACCUCUUGUUUUUUAAAAGUCUUCUGCCUCAUGUGAAAAAAAUUCCUGAGUCACGCGUAUUAGCUUUUCGAUGCCGGGUUCAAGAGCUAGUUGAACAAUUUUCAUACCCGCUAAAUAGGUUCGAAUCUGUUCCAUCUACGAUCCUUGGUCCUUCAACUUCCAACUCAUCUAUUUCCAAUCAAUCACUGAAUUACAUCGAUAGAAAUCGUUUCACUGCAGAAGAAGAAUGUACAAGUCUCAUUUUAUCAAACAUGGAACAACCUGAAACGGUUUCUGGUACUUCCGAAUGUCCCCCACCACUGUCCUUCUUUUUGAAAUAAAAAUUUAAUCAACCAU